CACACACACUUUCACACACACUUGCUCUCUCUCCACACACACACUCCGGCUCUGCAGCUCCACGCGUGCAGCCUGGAAAGCAACCAAACUGCAGGCUUCAAUUCAAACAACCUGAACUUUUUAUUGCACUGGCUUAUUUUCUUUCCGCGCCACUUUUAAUCCAGAUUAGGUGAAUUUGAUCCAAACCGUUUUCAAUCCAAAUCCAGUGAGGGGGGACUACAAACAACCACAAACAACGUGAUCCAGAUCCAAGGCUGCAACUUUGUUUGUGUCUUAUUGUUAUUUCUGAGUGAAACUUUUACCCUCCGAGGAGAAACCGCGGGGGACAUGCCGAGGAUAGUGGCCUUGUUGGCCGCGUUUGCAGUCCUCUCGGCCGGGUUAAGGAGCUCCGUGGCCGAGGUAGAGAUGCUGGGCUCCGAAGCCGGAGCGAAGAGCUCCACCGUGCCCGCGGUGAAGGGGACAGCAGCCGGAGAGAACAGCACCGCGGUGGCCAGAGUGGGGAGCAACGGAGACGGGGACAGAGAAGCGGGGAGAGCUGGCUGCCCUGGACGCUGUCGGUGCGAGGUGGACGGGCUGCUGCACCGGGUGGACUGCUCGGACCUGGGGCUCCGGGAGAUACCGAGCAACCUGAGCGUCUUCACAUCCUACCUUGAUCUGAGUAUGAAUAAUCUGACUGUGUUGUCCAGCGGAGGUUUGUCCAGCCUGCACUUCCUGGAGGAGCUGCGUUUGGCGGGAAACGAUUUGUCGUUCAUCCCCAGAGGAGCGUUCACCGGCCUCUACAACCUCAAAGUGCUGAUGCUUCAGAACAACCAGCUGACAUCUGUCCCUGCUGAGGCGUUCAGCAACCUGCACAACCUGCAGUCACUCCGCCUGGAUGCCAAUCACAUCUCCAGCGUUCCCACUGGCUGUUUCUCCGGCCUGCGUUCGCUCCGUCACCUGUGGUUGGACGAUAACUCUCUGACGGAGGUGCCGGUGGAGGCACUGAGCGAUCUGCCCGCCCUGCAGGCCAUGACCCUCGCCCUCAACCUCAUCAGCCACAUCCCCGACCACGCCUUCAGCAAGCUGGGCCGCCUGGUGGUGCUGCAUCUCAACAACAAUAGGAUCGUUUCCAUGGGAACGAACUGCUUCCACGGACUCCACAGUUUGGAGACGCUGGAUUUGAACUACAACAGCCUGGUUGAGUUUCCCACAGCCAUCCGCUCGCUCACUCACCUCAAAGAGCUUGGUUUCCAUAGUAACAACAUCCAGUCCAUCCCGGAGCACGCCUUCACUGGAAACCCAUCACUGAUCACCAUAUUCUUCUAUGACAAUCCGAUCCAGUCUGUUGGACGCUCCGCCUUUCAGAACCUACCAGAGCUUCGCACACUCUCUCUGAACGGAGCAGCAGAUCUCACCGAGUUUCCAGAUCUGACGGGAACCAAAAGUUUGGAGAGCCUGACUAUCACAGGAGCUCAGAUCACCUCUCUGCCCAGUUCAGUGUGUGAGCAGUUUCCAAACCUGCAGCUGCUAGAUCUCUCCUAUAAUCACAUCCAGACUCUUCCCAGCUUCUCAGGAUGUGAAAGUCUUCAGAAGAUUGACCUGCACCACAACGAGAUCGAGGAACUGCAGGAGAACACCUUCCAUGGUCUGAUGUCUCUGUGCUCUCUUGAUUUAUCGUGGAACAGAUUAUCAUCAGUGAAGCCAAACUCCUUCUCAGCUCUGCCCUCUCUGACCAAACUGGACCUGUCGUCCAAUCAGCUGUCCUCUCUACCUCUGAUUGGUCUGCAGAGUUUAACUCACCUGCGAUUGGCUGGAAACGACCAGCUGAUGGAGUUAAUACCUCGAGAGGACCUGCCCCGCGUCAGGGUGAUGGAGCUUCCUUACGCCUUCCAGUGCUGUGCCUUCGUCUCCUGUGAGAGGAGAGGAGGGGGAGGAGGAGGUUUGUCCUGGGAGAGGGAGGAGGCAGCAGGCUUUACCGGGAGGGACACGUCCAUCCUCUCCAGCCAAGUAGAUCAGGACUGGGAGGAUUUUCUGAUGGAGUUUGAAGACGAACAAAAACCUCAGCAGUCGGUCCACUGCAGCCCUGCACCAGGACCAUUUCGUCCCUGCCUCCAUCUGCUCGGCAGCUGGCUGAUUCGUGGGGGGGUGUGGCUCAUCGCAGCGCUCUCAUUGGUCAGCAACAGCCUCGUCGUGCUGUCCAUCUUCUUUUCCCCCACCGCCUCGGUCACGCCCCCCAAACUUCUGAUUGGCCUGCUGGCCCUGGUGAACGGCCUGAUGGGAGUGUGGUGUGGCUGGUUGGCGGCGGUGGACGCCUGGACAUUUGGGAGCUUCUGGAGGUAUGGGGCCAAGUGGGAGAGCAGCUUCCUGUGUCGACUCAGCAGCUUCCUGUGCAUAUUUGCAUCGCAGACCGGACUCUUCCUGCUCACUGUCACAGCUCUGGAGCGAUGUCUGGCCGCCGCCACACGACACAACAAAACCGACGAGCACAGCGGUCGCUCCUCAUCUCCGCUCUCCAUCCGUCUCUCCAUCUUUCUGUGUUUCCUGUUGGGUUUGGCCGUCACGCUGCCCCCCCUGGUGUCCGGACAUGGUAGUACCUCCCUCUGUUUGCCGCUGCCUUCCUCCUCCUCCUCCUCCUCCCUGGCCUUCUCCGUGUCCCUGGUGCUCCUCGACUCGCUGUGUUUCCUCCUCAUGACGCUUGCCUACACUCGCCUCUACUGUCGGGCCAACAAAGCUCCUCCUGCCUCAGAAGAGGAGGCGGCACUGACUCGACACGUAGCCUGGCUGCUCUUCUCAGACUGCCUCCUCUACCUCCCUGUGGCCUUCCUCUCCUUCUCCUCCCUGCUGCGCCUCCCUGCCGCCGGGCCUGAGGUGGCGAAGGGGGUGCUGCUGCUCCUGGCGCCGCUGCCAGCCUGCGUCAACCCACUGCUCUACCUCCUCUUCAACCCGCUCGCCAGGGAGGAGCUGGCAGCGCUGGCCAAACGCACCUGCUGGUCUGUGGUGGUACCAAGACUAAUCAGAGGAGGAGGAGGAAGGUCGAUGCCUGGAGAGACGGAUUCAACGUAUGACGAGGAUGCAGAGAAGCAGUCAUGUGACUCGACUCAGGCGCUGGUGGCAGUCGGAGGCUCUAAGGAGGAGGAGGAGGAGGAAGAGAGAGGAAGGAUAACGAGCAAGACGCAACAUUCAGUGGCGUUUGUUGUUCCACAUCACUAGACUGACACACACACACACACACUCACUCACACAGGGUUUGACGUUCUCACCUGCCAAAUGCCAAAUAUCCCAGCUGGCCACCGUACACAACCUUCAGAUGAUUCCCAAUCAAAUCUAAUUUAAAAUGUAAUAAUCACAGUUCUGCUCCUUCACUCUAGCGCCACCCUCAGGAUAAACUUGCUCAGAGUUUCUAAAUCUUUAGUGUGUUUGUUCUGUCCAACAGUUCAUUAUUGUGGACACUGCAGCCUGUAGGGGGCCUUUGUAGGACUUUGGCAGGUGAGACACAGACCUAAUUUUAAGACACUACAAAGACACUGAUACACAAAAACACACACACAGAGUUACAGAUACACAGGUGGACUGAUAUGACUGCGUGGCAGCAAAUGUAGCAGAGGACGGUGAAAGAAAACCACCUGACUCCAGCUCUCUCACCUGUCUCUCAUAUUGUCGUUUUUGUCUUUCUACCAACUUUUUUUUUUUUUUUUUUUUUUUUUUUAAGAAAAAUCCAUCAAAAACUAAAUGAUGGAUCAAAACAAAGAAAGAAGAACUUUGCUCCAUCCUGGACUUCACAAUUUGCUGACCUCUGAUUGGUUGAUCCUGGGUCACGUGCCAGAGAUGACAUACGCGCAGGCACACACACACACACACAAUGUGGAGUGUGAAUUCAGCAGCUUUUAUUUUGAAAUAUGUCCUGAUUUACAGCAUUGUGUUACCAAAUGUUCUAGCAAAUGCUGUUGACCAUUUUCUUUGUGUGUGUGUGU